AUGCUACUACUGGUAAAUGAUGCUAAUUUUGAUACCAGUAAUGAUUUGAAAGGAAAAUGGAUGAACAUGCGGUUGGUACCGUCCCACAAUUUAUAUUUUUGUUUUUCCUUAGCGUGUAUCUUAUUGACAUAUCACUUCACGUCAAUGUCUGGUCGUCAAGGAGGCAAAGCGAAACCCUUAAAAAAGCCUAAAAAGGGACAGAAGGAGCUCACUGAGGAGGACAUUGCAUUCAGGAAGAAACAACAGGAAGAAGCCAAGAAAUUGCAAGAAAUUCAGGCAAAAGCAGCUCAAAAGGGUCCGCUUGUUGGUGGUGGUAUCAAAAAAUCAGGCAAAAAAUAG